GGACAAAAAGUAUUCCGAAGUUAGUAUCUAACGUUUGAGGACAGCUUUAUCAAAGAAUGUAGGACAUAAAGUCACAGGACAAGAUGUCACGGACAAAAUGGCCAUGGACUAAAAGUCACAAAUAGAAAUUUUAUGAAAGAAGCCAUAGCAAUUGUUCUGGACAUAGGUCCAUCUAUGAAUAAUGCGCCCCCUGGUGAGGAAACUCCAAUGCAGACAGCAGUAGAUGCCAUCAAGAUGAUACUACAAAGGAAGAUGUUCUCAGAGUCCAAAGAUGAAGUCAGUUUGGUAUUAUUUGGCACCCCUGGCACCGAUAACCCUCUGUCAGAUGAUGAAAGUUAUGAGAAUAUCAGUAUUGCUAGGCCCCUAGGGCUUGUGGAUUUUGAUUUCCUUCAGCAGGUUCAGAAUGACAUCACUCCCAGCAAUAUAUCGGCAGACUUUAUUGAUGCACUUGUGGUUGCCAUGGACCAUCUGGUAAACGCAACACAAGGGAAGAAAGGGUUUGGAUUUAAGCGACUUAUCCUGCUGUCAGACUUGGGAGGAGAAUUUGGCGAUGAUCAGAUUGAUACAAUCAUUGCUGGGAUAAAGAACUCGGGGACAGAAUUGAACGUCAUCGGGCCAGAUAUUGAUGAUGGUGAUGAUGAUGAUGACGAUGACAGCCAGAAGCCGGGACCGAGUGGUGCAGCUAAUGGUCACCAGAAAGGCAAAACAGCACAGCAGAGGAACGGGGAGGCCAUGCUGAAACGCAUCCUGCAGGAGGUGGAUGGAGAAUGCUACAACUUUAGUGAGGCUCUGCCAGCUUUGAGCUACUUCCAGAUGAGACAAGUCCGUCCUACUCCAUGGAAAGUCCAGUUAGAGAUUACAUCAGAAGUCAGGAUACCUGUCUGUUCAUACAUCAAGAUCAAGGAUUUUAAAGUUAAAAGCUUCAAGAAGGUGUAUGCUAAAGAUGAAGAUGCUGACAUUGACACGCUGAGGACCUAUCACAAGAAUGACGAGGAGGAAACGGAGGUGGAGAAGGAGGACAUAGUAGAAGGACACAGGUAUGGGACAACACUUGUCCCGAUGUCUGAGGAUGACAAGCUCAAUAUGAAGUACAAAGCAGAGAAAUGCUUGAAAGCUCUUGGAUUUACUAAAAUGGAAAAUGUAAAAAGACACCACUUUAUGGGAGACAACACACAUUAUGUGGUGGCUGACAAAGAUGAUGAGGCUGCCUCUGUUGCCCUUUCUUCACUAAUUAAUGCCCUGUAUGAAACCAACAUGGCCAUCAUUGUUAGAAAAGUGUACAGUGCUGCUACUGCCCCUAAACUGGGCUGUCUGAUGCCCCACAUCAAAUCAUCUUACGAGUGUUUGAUCUAUGUGGAGCUGCCUUUUACAGAGGACAUUAGACAGUACACGUUUGGCUCUCUGCCACUGAAAGAGGAGACCCAAGCCAACAAAAAGUACAAGCCUACAGAUGCACAACUAGAUGCCAUAAAUGAAUUGAUUAACCAAAGUGAUCUCUCACAAGUGACAGAGGAUGAAGAUGGUGAAAAAAUUGAAGCAUUAAAACCAAAGUUGAUAUUUCAUCCAUACUUUCAAAGACUUUAUCAGUGUCUACAACAUAGAGCAUUCGAACCUCAUGAUCCCCUCCCUGAGUUAUCUCCCCUGAUUGCAAAUUCCCUGAAACCUCCACAAGAGGUCAGUGCUAGAUGUGAGGUACAGUGUGAAAAGAUCAAAGAACUGUUUAAAUUGGAAGUGGUGAAGAAGAAGGAUGACAAGAAAACAGGAGAAAACAUGUUUAAACAGAAGGAAGAUGAAGAGCCAUCCUCAAAGAAAAUCAAACUAGAUGAUGAUCUUGGUGGAGGUUUGGCAGACAUGACCAAGGCAGAUGUCACAGAGGUUGGUACGGUGACUCCUGUAGAUGACUUUAUUGCACUCAUUAACCAGAGGGAUGCUGAUAGGUUUGAAGAAGCCUCAAAACAGAUGCAGAAGAGAGUGGAACAGUUGGUGACAGAUUCCUUUGGCCCACAGUUUUACGGAAAAGCACUGGACUGUUUGAAAACCUUGAGGGAACAGUCUGUAAAGAAAUCUGAACCAAUGCUGUACAACACUUACAUGAAAAAGCUCAAGGAGUUCCUGAUAGAAAAAGGAAGACGAGAUUUCUGGGAAAUGCUAGUGGACGAAAAGCAGGGGUUGAUCUCAAAGAUGGAGAGUGAAGACAGCACGGUGACACAGGAGGAAGCGAAGGCAUUCGUCACCGAGGAGGAGGAAGAGGAGAAGGAGGAAUCAAAGCAGUCAGCUGAAGGGGAUGAUGCUGAAGAUUUAUUGGACCAAAUCUGAGCCAUAGAUAUCUGCAUUGUUAACAGUAUAGGCAGCCUAUUGUGGUUUUUGUUGUUAAAGAGUAGCGUUAUACAGCUGGCCAGAUAUUCAAGUGAUAAAGCCUGGGACUGUUGUAGCUGAUCAAGUUCUGUUCUGGACAGACAAAGCUGUCUUAUUUCAGAAUAUUUAGAGGAAUACAUUCAAGUCUGUGUACAGUUUUUCAGUAGCAGAUUGUACACACAACUUUCUUAGAGCAGUGUACAUACAAUGCUAGCAGAAUGGUUGUAUAGCUAAUGGUCACUGUAUGUGCUAUCAAACAAAGUCUGUUUAAUUUAAAAAUAAAUAAACAAACAUGAAACAAAA